GACACUACAACUAUAAGAGUGUUCUGUGCCCAAAAUGACGAGAAACAGGGGACACGUGUAGAACCCCCAGGAUGGGGCGCAGCCGGGUGGUUUGGCCAGCCGUGCUGCUGGCCCUUAUCGCCCUUCGCUGGGCAUCUGCCGGGACGCCGCGGGCUGGAGGCUACAUGGGGGAUGUCAACGUGUCAGCCAUAUUGGACUCCUUCAGCAUGAGCUACGACAAAAGAGUAAGACCGAACUACGGAGGUCCCCCCGUGGUCGUUGGAGUCACCAUGUACGUGUUGAGCAUCAGCUCGCUGUCCGAAGUGAAGAUGGACUUCACUCUGGACUUUUACUUUCGACAAUUCUGGACGGACCCACGUUUGGCGUUUCAGAAGAGGCCAGGCGUCGAGACGCUGUCAGUCGGCUCGGAAUUUAUUAAGAACAUCUGGGUGCCCGACACAUUCUUCGUAAAUGAGAAACAAUCGUCCUUCCACAUAGCCACCACACUAAAUGAAUUCAUUCGGAUACAUCAUUCGGGAUCAAUAACACGCAGUAUUCGACUCACAAUUACCGCCUCAUGUCCAAUGAACCUUCAGUAUUUUCCGAUGGAUCGGCAACUCUGUCACAUAGAGAUAGAAAGUUUCGGGUACACGAUGAGGGAUAUCCGCUAUAAAUGGAACUCGGGAUUAAAGAGCGUAGGGAUAAGCAAGGAGGUGGAGCUGCCGCAGUUCCGGGUGCUGGGCCACAGGCAGAGGCAGACAGUUAUUCACCUUACCACAGUCGGUUACACCAUGCGGGAUAUCCGGUAUAAGUGGAAUGAGGGCCCCAACUCGGUCGGGGUGUCCAACGAGGUGUCGCUGCCCCAGUUUAAGGUGCUUGGACACAGGCAGAGAGCCAUGGAAAUCAGCCUUACCACAGGAAACUACUCUCGCCUGGCUUGUGAGAUCCAAUUCGUACGUUCGAUGGGUUACUACCUUAUCCAAAUCUAUAUCCCGUCCGGCCUGAUCGUCAUCAUUUCCUGGGUAAGCUUCUGGUUGAACCGCAACGCCACCCCAGCCCGAGUAGCCCUAGGAGUCACCACUGUAUUGACCAUGACCACUCUCAUGUCUUCUACCAACGCUGCGCUACCGAAAAUUUCCUACGUCAAAUCGAUAGACGUGUACCUAGGGACCUGUUUCGUCAUGGUCUUCGCUAGUUUAUUAGAAUACGCCACCGUGGGUUACAUGGCAAAACGAAUUCAAAUGCGAAAAAAUAGAUUUCUAGCAAUCCAGAAAAUUGCUGAACAAAAAAAAUUAAACGUGGAUGGUGGUCCAGAUGGAGAUCAUGCUCCCAAACAAACAGAGGUACGCUUCAAAGUGCACGACCCGAAGGCGCACAGCAAGGGCGGCACCCUGGAGAGCACGGUGAACGGAGGCAGGGGCGGCGACCGCGGCGGGGACGAAGAGGCUGCCGCCCCCAUCCCCCAGCACAUCAUCCAUCCCAACAAGGACAUCAACAAGCUGUACGGCAUCACCCCCUCUGACAUCGACAAGUACUCCCGGAUCGUGUUCCCGGUGUGCUUCGUGUGCUUCAACCUCAUGUACUGGAUAAUCUACCUGCACAUCUCUGACGUGGUCGCGGAUGACCUAGUGUUCCUGGAGGUGGACAAGUAAACCGAGUGAACGAGGAUCACAUGAACAUUCGUGCAUUUGUAACACUAACUGAGACACUAGACUAGAGUGGAUCCAUUCAACGACCGUACCGUACCGUAGUCUUGCGCAGCUUCCACGACCAAGGAGCCUUCCAUACAGGCGGGAGUUCCACAUUGGCUGUGCCGUUGGCACCGCUAGACCCUCUCAAACGCUCGCACCAGCCUAAAAGGGUGAAAGGUCUAGCGGGGGGCUCGCGGAUUGACGAGAACCGAUCUCCAGUUGGUAUGCGAAGCUUCUUGCUCCACGACGAGUCGUGUUGUACAUAGUUCCCAAUAACCCGCUGUCCACUCGUCGUUUCAUCAUCACAUUAUCACCGGCACAUCGUUAUAUUAUGAGGCGAAGUAUAUUAUAUCAUUUAUAUUGUUUCGUUAAGGGAAUUCACAAAGUUUAAUUGUCGUUACGUUCUAGCCGCUGGUAGUCUAGAUUCGAUUAGUUAUGGUCCAGCAUGUUCGCAGGUUAUCAGUUCAAUGUAAGCCGCCAGGCAGUUAUCCCCGCGUGAAUUGACGCAACGCUUAUCCUUAGUUAAAAAAUUUCGUUGUUGUGAUAAAAUUAUAAAAGCGGGAUUGACUCUUCAUGGGAACAUGAAUCGACUACAUUCAUCGGGCGAGUCUCUUCAUUCAGGGAGAUCUGCCUGGCGGUACCGAGAUCAUCACGGCUGGACUAUUACCUGAAUAGUUUAUUUACGCCCAUGUACAUAAGACGUUCCUGUUUUAUACUCCUCGCACAGAGCCCAAAACAAGAAACAAUUGCAAUUAGGGUAGUCCGCACGCACACACGAUGGAACACUUACCCAACACGGAGGCGAUGUAUCCGUUCUCCUUCAGGGAUCCACGCAUUAUUAUGCAAGCCGUCGGGAGAAUCGCGGCGAAACGAAAUUCUAAAAUGUAAUAUAAUAUUAUUGUAAUUAAAUUAUAUAUACAAGAAAACAUAGGUAGAACACGCGCUCGUAGCCAAAUGGAUACCUAGUGACACUGACUGUAUAUAUUAGAGCCACAAAUAUUAAACAUUACGCAUAUUAAGUCAAAUGCCGGGCGCGUCAGACCAAAAGGAAGGAUGCGAUGCAGACAUUGGACCGUUUAAACGGUUGAUGGGUUAGGAAAACCAGCUGCCAAAAGGAGGAACAAAUUCUUUCAACUCAGUUUUGAUUCACUGGAUGGAAGCCAAAAUCCAAAUCGAUCUCAUUUACAAAGUGUUCGAUUAAGCAUCUACACGGCUUGUUAGAAGAUUCCUCAGGUAAAAAUAUAUGGCGACUCAUAAUUUAACGAAAAAAAUUAAAUUUCGGUAAUACUUCGAAUACCAUCAAACCAAUUAAAGAGAACACUUUAGGAAAUGGUACCUAUAUUAGUUGCAAGUCAGGAAAUCCAUCAUUUUCGAAAUAAUAACUGUUUUUCAUGUCAUUGAAUGUUGAAAUUUAAAUUUAUCAUUUGUUUCGAAUAAUUUUGCUAACCUCUUGAUGUAUUCCAAUGCUUAAGAAAUAUUUACUUGCGUUUCUAUCUCAACUCGUCGUUAUUAAGAAAUUCUAAAAUCAGGAAAUUACUUCAAAAGCAUUUACCUACGGUGGAGAUUGAGUGAAAUAGGUCCAGUUCAUCCGUCAAAAAUGCGCUAAAUACAUACCAUAAGUAUUUCAAUAAUAAGUUUGGUUUUAGGAAAUAAUUUUUCUGUUUAAUUAUAAAAUUUCUAACUACUCUUACGUUUUAUUUUAAUUCUUAUGUAUCAAUGUUGCCGUCUAACAUAAAGUGAAGCAAG